GUUUAACCUGUUCAGCUGGGUGACGUGUUUCCUAUAGACUCGGCUUGGUUGUGGUUGCCCAGGAGAGAAGGGAGUGAUUGCUGCUGGUGCUGGAUCGCCUGGUAAUUUGGAUGUGUGUGAUAGGGAACGAUCUAUGUAUCCAACGCUAUGAAAAGUGCUGCAUCUGUUCUCCAGUCACCGAAAAUGGCUACGGAGUAUGUUGACAAAAGGAGUAAGCCAGAAAAACCUUCAACUUCCUCUUCUAGUAGAGCACUUCCACUCAAGUCUAGCAGGCAAAAAUCCACAACAUCAAAAACUCCAGUUAAUCCGGUUUCUACGCCAGAGGACAUUUUAACAACAAGUAUUAGUCGGCUUUCUGUGUCUGAUAAGCAAGGUCACACCAGAACAACUCGGCCAGGCAAGUCAACACUAGAAAGGAAAAACCCUGAAACAAAAGGUGUGCAAUCUCCUCCUCUAAAAUGCAGCACUUUGCUAGAUGUAGCUGAUCUAAUUUUGAAGAAUGUCUGUAAGAAAAUAAUCAUUAUGGCUGGAGCUGGAAUAAGUACACCAAGUGGCAUUCUGGAUUUUAGGACACCUGGCUCGGGCCUGUAUGAUAAUCUGAAGAAGUACAAAGUGCCGUACCCAGAAGCUAUUUUUGACAUUGAUUAUUUCACAUACAACCCAAAACCUUUCUUUACCCUAGCGAAAGAGCUGUAUCCUGGGAAAUACAAGCCAAAUUAUAUCCAUUACUUUGUGCGGCUGCUACAUGAGAAGGGUUUGCUGCUGAGGUGCUAUACGCAGAACAUUGACGGCCUAGAAAGAAUGGCUGGCAUUCCUUCAAAAAAAAUAGUGGAAGCUCAUGGAACAUUCUCGUCUGCCUCAUGUCAUCUGUGUUACACCCCAUUUCCUGCAAAAGAGGCUCAGGACUGCAUAAUGAGUGACAAUUCUCCUCGUUGCAAUGUGUGUCAUGGAGUUGUCAAACCUGACAUUGUAUUCUUUGGUGAAGACCUUCCAAAAACAUUUUACAAUUUUUCAAAGGACUUUCCAGAGGCAGAUCUGCUGAUUGUAAUGGGAACUUCAUUAGAGGUUGAACCUUUUGCCAACAUUGUCAAAGCGGUGCGACCCAGUGUCCCCCGCCUUUUGAUCAACCGGGAUCUAGUAGGUCCUUUUAAAAUCAAAACAAGGAAUAGCAGAGAUGUGGCAGAAUUGGGAGAUCUUUGUGACAUCACCAGGAAAUUUGUCGAUGCACUUAACUGGCAGGCAGACAUGGAGGAGGUGAUGAGAACCCAAAAAUCAUAGAGGCUCAGAAAGAUGUCGGAGUUUGAAAUAUAUCCUCUCGAACACAGGCGUGACCACCUGCACUUUUUUUACUGUAAAUAUUUAACUUUGAAAUAACUUAUGUGUGAUUUUUGUAAUUAUUUUAACAUUUCAUAAACAUGUAUUCUAACUUUUUCUUAUUAUGUAUAUUUGAAUAAAACAAUUUUGUCUUCGUAA